AUGUUGAACAAGUUUCUCCUGGACUGGAUGGCAGAGGAAGCUGCGAGCCGAAGGGGCGGGGCCUGCCAGGGCGAGCUGCGUCUGCAGCGCUUGGGGGCGGGGCCUGGCGUCCUUCAGUCCCGCCCCGCCGCAGGCACUUCCGGGCGCGGAACCUGCGUCUCCUGUCUCCUUCCGGGUGAGGUGGGUGUCCCUUGGGCCGCCGCCCACCCUGCCCGGCGUUCAGUGAGUCACCGGCUUUAUUAUAAAAACGCCUGGGGCAAAUUCAAGGAGAUCUGUGAGCGUCCAAACGGCUCCUGCCAAGUAUUCUGCCUCGAAACAGAAGUCCAGGCUGGGAGAUGUCUAAGCGGCCAGCCGUGCUGCCUGCCCAUGGGACACCAACCACGGAUCGACCCGACGAUACCCCCUCAGUACUGAGGCCUUUCAAAGGGUUUUGCUUGUUUGGAUGUUUCAUUCUCUGGUUCUCCAUCCCCAUCUCUCACUGUCUUGUCUGUCACAAGGAUUCUUGUUGAGUCCUCAAUAAAUAAUAAAGAAGCACUCGCAAACACAGAGCCACUGUGUACACACAUGUGCUCUAUU